AUGGCUGGCUGUAAAUACCUUUGGUUGUCAGGAAGUGAACUAGUGUGUGUGCCAACUGGAAAAUUAAGGGACAAAACACCUUCAAGCAAAAAUAACCGAAUGAAAUAAUCGUGCCUUUGAGGAAAACUGGAACGUAUCAGCUUUGGACAUGGAGAAGAAGCAUGGAAGGAGUCAACCAUGGGGGAAGUUAGUAAAAGUGGACACUCAAUCUGAAGUAUUGCUUGUCAACAGGGAAUGCACUGUCGGGCGAAGAAAAGGCUGUGAUCUUUCCUUUCCUGCUAACAAACUGGUCUCGGGGGAUCACUGUAAGAUAGUGCAAGAUAAGAGCUCAGGAUUGGUGUGGCUGGAGGACACAAGCACCAAUGGUACAGUGAUUAACAUGUCUAAGCUGGUGAAGAAGCAGAUUCAUAUGCUGCAGAAUGGAGACGUCAUCUACUUUGUAUACAGGAAAAACGAACCAGAGCAAAACCUUGCCUACAUGUAUCAGUCCAUAAAACCAGAGAGAACAUUCUCACAAGACACAAUUGGUGGUGCCACCAGAUGCUCAGUAAUGCAGCAGAAAGCCCAGACCUGCCCUGUUACAGCAGCAGUAUGUGUGUCUGUGGAGCCAUUCCUUGUUGGACCUCCACGGGAGCAGCAUGCUUUGGAUGAACCCCAGCCCUCCACCUCCUCCCACCUCCUCCACACAGUCUCCUCCUCUACAGCCUGUUCCUCUGCAGCCUCCCUCCUGCACUCCUCUGCCUUAGACACACGACAGACUGAAGCCCAGAACCGAGUCACAAUGUUGUAUAAGGAGGAGGAGGGGGACAUGGAGCCAGAGAGAAAAAGGAGGAAAACUGACAGUGCUGACAAGGACUAUGAUUUUGGACUGCCACAUACUUCCAGUAUUGCGGCGGUCGGCCCCAGCCCAGCUAAGGUUUUUCUUAUCGGGGAUCUGUUUGGAAAAGCUGCUGUGGCUGUGACUGUGGAAGAAGCCAAGACUGACAAGAUGGAGGAGUCCCUAACCUGUAUCAUCUGUCAGGACCUACUUCAUGACUGUGUCAGCCUGCAGCCCUGUAUGCACACCUUCUGUGCUGCGUGUUACUCUGGCUGGAUGGAGCGCUCGUCUCUCUGCCCCACCUGUCGCUGCCCCGUAGAGAGGAUCCGCAAGAACCACAUCCUCAACAACCUGGUGGAGGCCUACCUUAUCCAACACCCGGAGAAGUGUCGCAGUGAGGAGGACCUGAAGAGCAUGGACAGCCGGAACAAGAUAACUCGGGACAUGCUGCAGCCUAAGAUUGAGCGUUCCUUCUCUGAUGAAGAGGGCAGCUCAGAUUAUCUCUUUGAGCUCUCCGACAACGACAGUGACACCUCCGACAUUGGCCAGCCUGUUGUGAUGUGCAGACAGUGUCCAGGAUACAGGAAGGAGGUCAGCCAGGUACUGUGGGCCACAGGGCUAGCCCCUCUAGGACCAGCCCCACCAGCUCCUGAGGACAGGCCAGGGAAACCCCCUGGGGCUGGGGAAUCAACAUUAUCAACAUGCUCCGAUGUCCCCACUACAGCUCCUCAGGAUUACACCUGUCCUCCUCUGGGCAGCCAUGUCAUCUGCACCUGCUGCCUGCAGCCCAUGCCAGACCGCCGCGCAGAGCUCAUUGGCCAGCAACUCUCCGCUCAGCAAUGUGUGGCGUGCCUGCGGCCCUUCUGUCACAUGUACUGGGGCUGCCAGAGGAUCGGCUGUCAGGGCUGCCUCGCACGAUUCAGUGAACUCAACCUUACAGACAAAUGCCUGGACGGUGUUCUGAACAGCAAUAACUAUGAAUCAGAGAUCCUCCAGAGUUACUUGUCAGCCAGAGGAAUGUCGUGGAGGGACAUGCUACAGGAGGGUCUUCAGGGCCUGCAACAGGGAACCUUCUAUCUGUCUGAUUAUCGCAUCAACAGUAACGCCAUACUCUGUUUCUGCUGUGGCCUGCGAGCCUUCGGGGAGCUGGCCUACAAAUACAGACAGAACAUCCCUGCCUCGGCGCUUCCUGCUGUUGUGACGUCUCGGCCAGACUGUUAUUGGGGACGCAACUGCCGUACUCAAGUCAAGGCACACCAUGCCACGAAAUUCAACCACAUAUGUGAGCAGACCCGUUUCAAGAGCUGAAGAGCCUCGUAGGUGACCUGCUAUGCAAGGCUCUCCUGCGAACACUGGAGCGUACACAGACUUCCAAGGAUCUCCUGUAUUACUCUCAUUUUACUCCCUUAUUAAGCAGCGCCUUGCCAUGAGGAAAGGUAUCUCUUAGGUAAUAUAACUUGUAGUUCUCUCACAGGCUUUAUCGGCUUAUGUAUUUGAUGAUAUGCUGAAAUUACAAUCACACUCUUUUUACUGGGUCAUGAUUAGCCAGCCUAGUGUUAUAGGUAUAGUAGGGGUGAGUGGGAUAAUGCUAUGCACUCCACACAGUAAGAGAGGAUUCCCCUAUAUGAUGAUGACAGACUUAUAUCUUGUGUGGAAUAUGAUCAUCAUCGCCCUUCAUUCCAGUAUCAUGUCCUUUUGGGUGAGGGAUAUAUAAAAAAAAUCUACUGAAGACCAUUGGCAAUCAAAAUGGACUUUGGCCAUACAUGUGCUGUUACACAGGAUGCAAUGCCAUCUUUUGUGACAGUUUAAGGAUCAUAUUGAUAUUAGUAAGAUGUUGAUACUUAUCCUAUUUCUGUGUUUUCCUUUCUCUUAACUUGUGGUCUAGUACUUUAGAUAUAUUGGAGAAUUAUGUAUUUGAAUUAGAAUCUAGAGCUUCCUACUCAACUGCUUACUGUGGUGUUCUAAACAUCUAAGUAGUAUUCAUAUGUUGGUUAUAGAAACUUCCCCCCCAAACAAAUUGGGUUGAAGCACAGCUAUGUUAUCAAAAGACUUAUCCAUAUACAGACUUUGAGGUUUCUUGUGGUUCAUAUAUAUGGAUGACAGAUUCAGUGGCACCAUUUUGAAUUCAGACUGUUGCUGCUUCUGCAUAUUAAUAAGACUGCUGGCUGAGAAGACAAGUGCUAUGGAAAGGGAGUUGUUCUUAGUGUUGGGAAAAGGGGGUAUUCUGCUAGUUUGAUGUGGAUUUCCCAACAAGGGCAAAAAGCCCUGUCAAAGCUGAGAAUAACAUGGUUCAACUAGAAUCAAUGGGAAAGUUAGUUAGGAUUUCAGUUCUUCCGGUAGGGAUAAGGGUUAUAUGUGGAAAUGUAGUUUUAUCUGAGGCUGGGAAAGACCGGGGUAUUCAGUUAUAUGCUUUGCUCAGGGUAAUCAACAUAAAGCUGAUUUUAAAAUGGUGCAUUAGAGAAGCUUUCUCAGACCUAAACUAGUACUAACAGCCAAUGCCGUUUUUUUGUUAGAAUGCACAAUGGUUUGCUAGAGUUUAGGGGGUGAAAUCCUUCUUCCUUGUUACAUUAUAUUAAGUUAGUGGUGUUGGCUAAAUAUAUUAAUUAAGCAAGCAACUUGAUCGUACGUGUUCUAUCAUACUUAUUAGUAUGAUCGAACCAGGUAGCCUAGUGGUCAGAGUGUUGGGCCAGUAACCGAAAGGUUGCUGGAUUGAAUCCCCGAGCUGACAAGGUAAAAAUCUGUCCUUCUGCCCCUGGACAAGACAGUUAACUCACUGUUCCCCGGUAGGCUGUCAUUCUAGUCAUUAUGGAAGUCAAAUCGGCCCAAUGUCUGCAGACCUUUAGUCUAGAUAGAAUGGCCUGAUAUACUAAUGUUAUUCAUGAGGCCUUAUAUAUUGAAAAGUAGGAAAAAGAUAACUAAGUUGUUCGUAGUGAAGUAGAGUACAGAAAAAACAUUUUGUAUGCAAGUCAUUAGAUUCUGUUGCAGUAAAAAAAAAUACUUUGACAGAAAUGCAAUGACAUUAUUCACUUUGUCAUUCGUCAUUUUAAAUUUAUAGUUUAAUUUUAAAUCAUCCGUCUUUAAUUUAGUAAAUUGUGACAUUAAAUUGACAAUGAUUUAAGAGGAAAAAGUAGUUUGCUCGAACUGUUAGUGUUUACAAGCAAGUCUAGCUUUGAGGUUUUUUACUUAUAUAAUUCAGCUCGCACACAUUGAAUGUAUGAAUCACUAAUUUGAAGACUUAAUCAAGAUUACAAUUAGGUUGGGAUUCAAACAAACACAGAUUAACGACCUGUUCACAGCUAUAGACUUUUGAAGGCAACUUCCCAAACGUUCAUGGAGAUCACGUAAGGCCACGGAUGUCGGCUCAAGCAGAAAUGACCUUUAAAAGUGCAUCGGAGCACACUGGUACUUUAUCUGCGUUUGUUUGAAUCCUGGCACCAAGCUGAACUGUAAUAAGCACUGCAGAAACGGUGCAGGUUCAACGCUGUCCUGUAACUUCAAUGGAUAUUAAAACAUCCAUUUAGAAAUAUCCUUGUGCAAUCAAUGUGUGUGGAACUCAGGAUUGGAGCUGAAACUCUACCUAUGUCGCAAUAUACCCUCAUUGGGGCUGUUUAGUGGCAAUAUUCACUCGCUCAGACCGACUCUUCUGGGCUGGUAUAAAGGGGGGCAAAUAUGGGCACGCUUUCUGCCAGAGCUUGUGUCUUUAUUUGGGAUCUUACGGGCUGGAUUCAAUCCGUAUCGUGGUAGAUCCAUGUAAAGAUCACUUCCAAUUGAGCUGACAUAUGCAGCAUGUACAGUGAAUGCAGUCUCCGCGACUGUGAGACCAUUGCCUUUAAUUGUCAAUCGCGCUAUAAAGCUGAUCUUCAGCGCUACGGAUUUAAUAGAGCCCAAAGUCGCGGUUUCCCUGUUGUGGGUUCACACUGCGGCAUUCCUCAUAGGCUCAGGCAAUAGCUCAGCACAACCCAGCCAGCCAGCCUAUCCCUCCCUACAGCAGCGCUGAACCUUAAUUAUAACAGGAGGAUCUGGGCACCCUAAGCCAACAACAGUGCAAGCCACCGAUCAGGAAUGGGUGUUAAGGAGGCUUUGGAGGGUGCUUUGCAUUCUGAGAGGGAAACACUGUAUUCUAGGGAAAAUAUUUACUCUGUGAGAAAGUCUGGACCAAGAUGCUCUGUACUAACAAUAUGACCAGUCAGUAUAAAGGCCUGGCAGGGGCAAGUUGAAUUCUACCUCAUCAGAGCUCCCGAGAUGUUCUGAACAAUCCGGUCUGUACUUUUAUGUUUUGUGGAUUCUAGUAAGUGGGGGACUGACUGGACGGCAUUUAGAGUAGCGCUGUUACGUUUUAAUGCAGGGGAACACAACUGGUCCUCGUUGAAAGCGGCUGCUGUUUUUUUUAAUUUAUUUUUUUACCUUUGUCAAUCGGCGACCAAUUUAAAGCUGGGAGUUCAACCAGGUGUAUGCACUGCACUCUGAUCAAUUAGUUAAUCAACAUAAUAAAGUGGUAUUGAUUUAUCAAUAUAUAGCCAGAUAUAACUGAAAACCAAUGGGACUGUGAUUCUUAAGGACUGGAGUUGUGAUUCCUAGUUGAAUGCCUUUGUGAGCAUUUUGUGCCCCCGGUAUUAGCAAUGCUAAAAUACGUCUUAUGUAUAUGGCUCUAACAUGUCUGUUCUAGUGCACUAAUAACGUAUUGCUAAAUGUGUUCCCUCAUUGUGUUUAAGAUGCAUGACUUGCUACUGACCACUUUCAAUGGCCAUCAAAUGAUCAAAAACUGAAGCAGCAAUUUAUGGAAACCUUUAUUAAAAGUUCUUUGCACAAAUUCCCACCAACCCUAUUUAUUAUCUGUUACCAUGUUUUUCUAUAGCUAGUCAUAUAUGCUUACUUCUAUUGAAAGGUUAGUUACUGCAUUUGUCAUUUUUCUUUUUACAAUGAUCAAUUCCCUUUUAGAAUUCAAUAUCAGCCUUAGGAAUACAUUUGGAUACAUUGUUGCAGCUUUGACAUUAAUAUACUGCAUGUGAGCAACAUCAGUUUAACACUGGAGGGCACAGAGUAGUAGUGUAAGCAUAAACCAUCUCCAUGGAGCUCUGUGGAACUACUAUCAUCCACUGCGCCAAGGUUAAGGUUGUUGGACAAAAGGUAAACAUACACACAAGCAUGGGGGCGCUAUUGCGUUGGAAGUGCUUAUGUUUAAGAUUUUUAUAAUUUAAUUUAAAAAAUAAUCAAAUGAGUUACAUUCCCAGUGCAGCUGUUUUUAUCUCAAUCAAAUAAUUUCUGAGUAACAAUUAAGUAACUUGCUGUAAUAGAUUCCAUUGAAAUGGGCAAAAACAAAGCUUUUUAGCAAAAAAUGUAUUCUCAAGCAAGAAUUUAGCUAGGACUGUAUGGGAGUAGUUUGCGUGGGGAGGGGAAAACUGAAAACUAGCUGUUAUUGGCAGAGAGGUUUGAAACUCCGUUAUUGGUCUUUUAACCAAAAGAUGUCAAGGGAUGUCACAAUGGAAAGCUGCAACUCCCGCCCAUGCAAACCUGCUGAUGAGAAAGUCCUGUCCAGAUGUGCCGAGUGGCACAGUGGUCUAAGGCACUGCAUCUCAGGCAUCACUACAGGCCCUGGUUCGAUUCCAGGCUGUAUCACAAAUGGCCGUGAUUGGGAGUCCCAUAGGGCGGCACAUAAUGGGCCCAGUGUCAUCAGGGUUUGGUUGGGGUAGGCUAUCAUUGUAAAUAAGAUGUUUUUGUUCUUAACUGACUUGCCUAGUUAAAUAAAAUUAGGAAUAACUCUGUAA